AUGGCCAGGUGGGAGAGGCAGGAGAGCGAGGGAACUUGUGUGCCGAAGGAGGAGAAGGUCGCAGCGGAGAAAUGCACGAGUGACCCCUCGCAUGUGGUAAUGGUGAGUGUGCAGUGCCUGUUUUUUGCCGAGUGCAAUCAAGCGCGCGCCCGUGAUGCUCAGAGCGAACUUCAAGUCUCUUUGGCCGGGAAUGAGCUCGGGGGUGUAGAGGAAGAUCGUGUUCGCCGCCGGGAUCCUGAAUAUAACUUGUAUUCUGGAAAACCUGCUCCUAAAUUUUCAACUUCUAACACAUCUACCACGACUAUUACAACUAUAACUUCUACUGCAUCUACAACAACUACUACAAAUCCUACUCCUACUACUCUGCAGCUUCUGUUAAUACUAAUGGAGGACUACAAACCUCUCCCUCUGGCGCCGCAGACACAACUCUUCAGCGCUGGCCUCGACGACGGUAUCCUCAGCCGCGCCGAAGCCCUAGCCGCAGUCGACAUCUCCAAGCACGGACACGGACAACCGCCUGGCACCCUACCGCAGUUGAAACAUGACAUGAUGUACCACCCCGGCAUGGCGACCACUCCACACACUCCGCCGAUCUCCAGGACUAAUCAGAUGGGUCACCACAGCAUGGACGGACUUGAGAUGAUCGACCCUAUCUCCUCCUCCUCCAUGACGACCCUUACGCCCAUGAGCGACGGGAGUUCCAUGCACCAGCUUCAUGGCGCUGUCUACACCCAUAGUCCCAUGAAUACAAUGAUGCCUCAUCCUGGUCUUACUCAUCCGCAUAUGCCUCUUGGCAUGCACGACACGGACACGGACCCUCGGGAGCUGGAGGCCUUCGCUGAGCGGUUCAAACAGCGACGCAUAAAGCUCGGGGUAACCCAAGCGGACGUCGGGAAAGCCCUCGCCAAUCUCAAGCUGCCGGGGGUAGGGGCGCUCUCGCAGUCCACCAUCUGCAGGUUCGAAUCGCUGACGCUGUCCCACAACAACAUGAUCGCGCUGAAGCCCGUGUUGCAAGCGUGGUUGGAGGAAGCCGAAGCCCAGGCCAAGAACAAGCGGCGGGAUCCGGACGCGCCCUCUGUCCUCCCAAUGGGCGAGAAGCGUAAACGGACGUCGAUCGCCGCCCCCGAGAAGCGGUCGCUGGAGGCCUACUUCGCGGUGCAGCCCCGCCCGUCCGGGGAGAAGAUCGCCGCCAUCGCCGAGAAGCUGGACCUGAAGAAGAACGUGGUCCGCGUGUGGUUCUGCAACCAGCGCCAGAAGCAGAAGCGGAUGAAGUUCGCCGCCACGCAGAAGCAGAUGGCCAGCGGCAACGUGCACACCUCCAUGGGCUCCAUGAUGACGUCCCCGAUGCCGCCGCACACGCCUGUUCCGUAG